CGACUUCCUCCUCCGACAUUUCCAGGCAUGAGCACGGUCACCAUCGCUUGCCAGUCCUCGACCUGCCCGAACGGUCACCCGCCAUCCCGUCUGGAAUGUCCGACGUGCAACAAGCUCGGGAUAAAGGGAUCCUUCUUCUGCGGCCAGGACUGCUUCAAGGCAAACUGGAAAACCCACAAGAUCAUCCAUGACAUCGCCACUCCUCGCCAGCCUCUCCUGGAUGAUCCCAACAUCAACAAAGACGGGACUUUCAAUCCCUUCGGCGCCUACAAAUUCACCGGUACCAUGCGCCCCGUCUACCCUCUCUCCCCUAAGCGUCCUGUACCGGAGCAUAUCCCUAGGCCAGAGUACGCCGAAGACGGCUACCCGGCGACCGAGAGCAGACGCGCCGGCCAACCUCCCCGAUGCCUUUCCCCCGAGGAGCAGGACAAAAUGCGCGUUGCAUGCCGGCUCGCCCGCGAGGUUCUUGACAUAGCUGCCGCGGCCGUUCGCCCGGGCAUCACUACGGAUGAGAUCGACGCGAUUGUGCACCAAGCCACCAUCGACCGCGACUCGUACCCAUCCCCGCUUAACUAUCGCAACUACCCCAAGUCCGUGUGCACGUCCGUCAAUGAGGUCAUUUGCCACGGUAUCCCCGACAAGCGCAAAUUGCAGGAGGGCGAUAUCAUCAACAUCGAUGUGUCGCUUUACAAGGAUGGCUUCCAUGCGGAUCUGAACGAGACGUACCCUGUCGGCCGCGUCGAUGAGGACUCGCAGCGCGUUAUGCGUGCCGCCCGCAAGUCCCUGGACGCCUCAAUCAAGCUCUGCAAGCCCGGCGCGCUCUUCCGCGACCUCGGCAGGACCAUCGAGCCCAUCGCGCGCGCCCACGGCUGCUCCGUCGUCCGCACGUACUGCGGUCACGGUAUCAACGAUCUGUUCCAUUGCUCGCCGAACGUGCCGCAUUACGCAAAGAACAAGGCCGUUGGGACCAUGAAGCCCGGCAUGUGCUUUACCAUUGAGCCCAUGGUCAACCUCGGCCACUGGGACCUCGAGCACUGGCCGGACGACUGGACGUCUGUCACGAUUGACGGCAAGCGCAGCGCGCAGUUCGAGGAGACGCUCCUGAUCACCGACACCGGCGUCGAGAUCCUCACGGCUGGCAAGCCCCGAGAAGACCUACUAUGAUGCCCGAUGCCCGAUGAAUAGCUGAAUUGACGGUUCACCACGCUGUGUCAUAGGUUGGUGUCUGUAUUGGUGUUCGCUGUGUCCUGUAGAACAUAUAAAAUGGGAAUCACUAUCUACAGC